CUUCCUUACCUGGAGUGAUUGUGGCACACUUAAUCGCCACAUUGUACCUGAAAACAUAUGAAAUAGACCGGUCAGACGAGGUAAGGUACAAAAUGCCACCUGACACUACCUAUAUUCAGAUUAAUCACAUACUUCAGAGUAGCUUCAGCACUCUCAACAGUAACUUUAUCAUCUGUGGCAUCACGAUGGGGAAGGCCGAGGUCAAACCGCAAGCUCAAGCUGAAGAGAUACACAAAGAGAACGUCCAAGUUGACAUCGCAUCUAUAUCUGAUCUCAAGACCAUUCGACCGAACACAUACGAACAACAGCAGAAGAGUAAAGAACACAGAAAACUCAGAUUCGCCACUGCAUACAAUAGAACUGGUUUGUCCAGAAAAUCUCACGAGAAAGUGUUUGGUUUGUUCGCCUUCCUCAGCGACAGUCCGACUUCCCGGUGGUCUGCCCUUCGCUGCUUACCUAAGACCUUGUUCAUGGCGCCUAUCUCUGUUGGCUCCGGGAGUAAGACGCGGGCGACUUCUCUGACUUUUGGAGUCGAUUCGUGGGUUCAGCUCGUCGGCAUUCCUGGGUCCGUGGCGGGGCUGGUAGGGGUGCAGUGUCAGGCUGGGUGUGGUUCUAGUCGGACCGGGUCGGGUCUGGACCGGACUGGGCUGGCUGGAUCGGGACAGCUCGCGUCUGGGCCGGACAGGCCUCGCUGGAACUGGGCCUCGGUCGCUGGUCCUAGACUGGUUGCUGCUGGGCCGGGUCGCACGCUGGGAUGGCGUAGGUGCACGCGCGCUGAA